AUGACAAACUCAGCAAACAAGCAAAAAAACGCAAAGGAGUUCCAGGAAACCCUUCUUCGCGAGCUAGGAUUUAUUUCCCGUCAGAUUCAACUCGUUCUGCAAAAGGUAGAUACAAGGGACUCUGCGACAGAAUGUUCACCGCAAGCCGAGUCCCGGCUUCCAUCCCAUCAAGAAUUGAAACACGAAGACCGACAGAAUGGCGAAGUACAGAGCGAUCCAAAACCAGCAGUGUCUACGACUGGACAAACGGCAGACGAAAGCAAGUGUGACGGGCAAGUGGCAGCAAGAGAGGUAGAUUCAAGGAGAGAUGAGGAGCCUGAUUGGUUCGAUGUUAACAUUAAUGAUGGGGAACCAGUCUCUUUUACUGAGGAGGCCGGCAUAGUCCACAUUGAAAGGGAUUCGAAGUAG